GACAGUUAAACCUUUUGCUGCGGGAAUAUGAAGAACAAGGAAGACAUCAUAACCUGUCAUCAGAUAUCAUAUCCAGACUAAAAAAUAUGAAGUCAGUAUCCACCCUGGCAAGUAAUAAUGCGGUGGAAUAUGUCAGACGCGAUGAUGAGGAAUAUUUUCAGAAACUACGAUUUGUUGUUGGAAAGCCGUGGGAAUUCUCAAAAAGGCACAAAGAGCUUCAGAAUCAGCUUCGAUGGCACCCUGAUCUAUACCUACGACAGAGAAAAACCAAGUUGAAUGAAGACGUGUCAGACAGAUGUAUGGCAGAGCUGAUGGGGACCAACUCUUACUCCAAACGGACAUGUGAGAUUAGUGACUUCUGUAUCCAGAUGAUGACCACAACCGGCCUGUCUGGCUACGGAAUUACCCACCAGCUGCUCUGGACUGUACUGGCGGAACAGCACGGUUGUGGGUCGACCCUGAACAAGAUGUUGACAGAGAAAGGACUGAGAUCACUAGAGGACUACAGGGAGGAGUUUUGUGCCAACAAUUUUUAUGAGAUGACUGAUUUUAUCAACAUACAUCUCCAUGGUAUCAUCUCACCAAAGUUCCAAGAUCUAUUUUUGGAACAGCGUAUGUAUUUCCUUCGACUGAAAACAGCACUUCAGUAUUUAUGA